UGAUACCUAAGAUGUAUAUAUCAAUUUUAAAAGUAUUUAUAUCAAAUUUUGUCAUAAAUAUAUUUACAAAAUUAUUUUGAUGGGAAUAAAAGAUUAUUAAACGGUUUUCUAGAAGUCAGUCUGUGUACCCAUGCUUUCUUCAUAAAGCAUCAAACAACCAACCUUUUUCUUUGAUAAAUUCGAUCUUUUUACAGCAUUUUUUUCCUUUGCAAUUCUAAAGCUAUAACCAUGCUCAACCAAGGGUUUUUAGAAGAUCAUGAAAUGGGUUUGUUUCCAUUUCCUGCAAACAUGAUCUCCUUUCCCUUAGAUUCCAGCAGUCAAACCCUAAAAUCCCUGUCCCCUUCUAACCCACUUCCACAACACUCUAAACCAGAACAAGAUUGCACUUCUCACUUUCAAGCUUCUCAUCUUCUUCCUUUGCAAACUUCAAAUACAAACUACUGGGCAUGGGGUGAAGUGAGUGAACUAAUAAGCAAUAAGAUAUUAGGGAUGAGUAGAGAUGAUCAUCAUCUAGGGGUUUCAGGAAUGAAGAUGAAGAAGUUCAAAUCAAGAAGAAAGGUAAGAGAGCCAAGGUUUUGCUUCAAAACCAUGAGUGAUGUUGAUGUACUGGAUGAUGGUUACAGAUGGAGGAAAUAUGGCCAAAAAGUUGUCAAGAACACACAACAUCCCAGAAGUUACUACCGAUGCACACAAGACAGUUGUCGUGUAAAGAAACGAGUAGAGAGAUUAGCCGAGGAUCCAAGAAUGGUGAUAACAACUUAUGAAGGCAGACAUGCACAUUCACCAUCACUAAACGAGGAAGAUGUAGAAGUUAAUCCUUCGAAGUUUAACAGUUUCUUCUGGCUCUAGAUAAUCUUUGUGUUCAUUAUCGAAAGUAAGAAACUAAUUAAUAAUGGUUCGUGUGUGUGAUAUCGUUGCAUUCAUAUAUUAUGUCUUGUUUUUUGUUCGACAAAUGUGAAUGAAUGCUUUUUUUAAUAUAAAUGAUGUGUUUUCUA